AUGGAUCAGAAUCAGUACUCGACGUUCUCGCCAAUCUCAGCAACCGCUACUCGACUUACUUUCGACAACAUUCCUCUUAACUCUCCUCAACACAACGGUCUGAAAUCUACCAAGAAAUAUGCUACACCAAAGGCUCCUGACACGUCAGCAGCACCUGGAAGCAGCGCCAGGCGCAGAAACAGCACACCAGGCUUCAUUUCCGCCGACGGUGCCGAUAUCGUCACCGUCGACGGUAUCCCCAUUUCGCGAGCCAAUCCGUCGCCAGCCUUGGCGAAAGAUGCAUUGGCUGCCAUCGCAGCAGCGUCCCUGAAGCCGGCUCCUCCCAGGUCUGCAGCAAGGCAGAGCCGAGCCAUUGUUCCGGUUGCGGAGACGAGGCUCGAAGAGGAGGAGCAAGUCUGGCAGCGAUACCGGGAGUCAGGGUUGGACGAGGUCGCGGUUCUGCGGAAAGAGCGAGACGCGUUAAUGGAGAAGGCGAACUCGCUGGAUCAAGAGCUGUACGAGUACCAGUACAACAUGGGUCUGCUGCUGAUGGAGCGGCAGAAGUGGCUACCGAAGUACGAGGACGCGCGAGCGGCGCUGGAGGAGGCGGAAGCGGAGCUGCAGCGCGAAGCGACAGCGCACAGGGUCGCUCUGGCGGAGGCGAAGGAGAGGGAGAAGGCCCUACAAGACGCGCUCGCCAUCGAACAGGACUGCGUUGCAAGCAUGGAGCGAGCCGUGAAGGAGCUGCAGGUGGAGGUGGAGGAGACGAAGAAGCACGCGCGCACGGCGCUAGACCAGGCCAACGCUACCAUGGCUGCCGCGGAGAAGAAGCUGGCGGCGGCGGAGGCGGCUAGCCGGCAGGUGGAGGCGAGCCGCAGCGAGGCGAGCAGGCGGAUCGCGGAGGCGGAGCGGAAGCAGCAGGAGCUGGAGGCCAGGGAGGCUAAUGGCCGGCGCGAAGUUCAGGCGGAGAAGGAUAGGCUGGAGGCCAAGGCUCGGGAGUUGGAGGCGCAGAAAGGGUCACUGAGUGACUGGGAGGAUAAGUUGAAGCAACGCAAUGCCAAGAUUCUGGAGAGCGAGAAGAUGCUGGAUGCGCGGGAGGCGCGCAUAGGCGCAGCGAUGGAUGAGCUGAAGGCCGCGGAGCAGCAGGCGGAGGCGCGCAAGGCGGCACUGCAGGAGGAGGCGCGGCGGCUGGAGUCCGCGCGGGAGCAGGCGCGGGAGGCGGAGGAGCGCGCGCGGAAGGAGGCGCAGGCGGUGGCGGAGGGUAAGGUGGCGCUGGUGAAGCGGGAGGGCGAGCUGGCGGUGCAGGAGGACCUGCUGGUGGCGCGCGAACAGGACGCGGUGGCGAGGGAGAUGCGCGGCAAGGAGGUGGAGCUGCGCGUGGCGAGCGAGCAGGAGAGGGUGCGCGAGUGGGAGGAGAGCCUGCGCAAGCGGCAGGCUGCUCUGGACGACCUUAAGGCCAAGCUGGCGAGUGAGAAGAAGGGGCUGGACGAGGUGGAAGCGUCGCUGAGCAGUGGGCGCACGCAGCUGGAGGAGAUGCAGGCGGAGCUGCAAUCCAAGGAGCGCGCGCUGCUGGCGGAGCGGGAGAGGUUGCAGGCGCAGGAGAGCGAGGUGGAGGGGCUGCGCGCGCAGGUGGCGCAGAAGGAGGAGCUGGUGGAGCAGCGCGAGCAGGGCGUGCAGAGGCGCGCGGAGAGGGCGGCGGAGCGCAUGGCGGAGGCGGAGGCGCUGGUGCUGCAGGCGGCGAGCAGGGAGAGGGAGGUGGAGCAGCGGCAGGCGCAGCUGGACAGGGAUUUGAGGCGGUUGGAAGUGGCGAGAGCGGAGGCGCAGGCAGAGAAGCAGCAGCUGGAGGACCUUCGUGAGAGAAUUCGCUCCGAACGAGCUGAAUCAGAGGCGGAGAAGCGCCAAGCAGCAGCCGCUCUGGCUAAAGCGGAGCAGACUAAAGCGGAUUCGCGGGUCAAGCGGGAGGCCGCGCAGGCGGAAAUGAAGCGGGCGCAGGAGCGACUUGAGGAGGCGGAGAGGCGCGUGCAGGAGCUGAAAGCGGAGAAGGAGAGGUUUGAGGAGGAAUGGGAGGUACUGGAUGCGCAGAGGGAGGAGGUGGAGAGAAUGAAGGUAGAAGUUGCGAAGCUGAGGGAGGAUGCCUUGGCUGACGUGCAGAAAGAGAGGGAGGAGGUGAGGAGGCAAGAGAGGGAGGUUGAAGCGAGGUUGGAGAAGGGGAAAGAGGACUUGGAGGAGGAGAGGAGAGCGCUUGUGGAGGAGUGGAGGAAAAAGGGAGAGGAGGUUGAAGCAGAGAGGGAGGAGGUGGCUGGGGAGCGGGAAAAGAUGCGUGAGGAGAGGAAUGCGCUGGAAGAAGCAUCUAUGGAGGUGGAAGGGCAGAGGGAGGCGCUGAAGGCUGAGCGGGGUGAGCUGAGGAAGGAGAUUGAGGAGAAGAAAACUGUGUUUGCGCAGCUGUCGCAGCAGCAUGCGGCUCUGGAGAGGAAGGGGAAGGCGGUGAAAGCGGAAGAGGAGAAGGUGCGGGAGAUGUUGGCAGCGGUGGAGAAGGGUCGGAAGGAGCUGGAGCAGGAGAGGGAAGGGUGGAAGGAGCAGCAUCAGCAGAUGCUGAGCGCCGUGCGGGCAGAGCGAGAAGGCGUCGAGGAGGAGAGGAGGAGGGUGGUGGCAGAGGCGCGGGAAGAGAGGGUGAGGCUGGGAGAGGAGGCGGAGGAGGUGGCGCGGGCGAGAAAGGAAGUGGAUGAGGGCAGACAGAAGGUGGAGAGGGAAAUGGAAGAACUGGCUUUCCAGAGAGCUGCAUUGCAGUCAGAGGAGGUUGAGCUGGGAAGCAGACUCGAGGACGUGAGCGCACGGGAAUCUGCUCUUGAAGCGGCAGCAGAGGAACUGAAGGGGAGAGAAGCGGCUGUAGCAGCACGGAUGGGUGAAGUAGAGGCGGCAUUGGCGGCUGUAACGGGGAGGGAGGAGGAGGUGGUUCGGGCGCGGGAGGGGCUUGCGAGGGAGAGGGAGAGGAUGGAAGCAGAGGUUGAGCAGCAGAAGAGAGUGGUGGAGAUGGAACGGGAAGGAGUGGAGAUGGAAAAGCAGGAGGUUGCAGCGAGGGGAGAGGCGGAGAGGGAGACGGUUCGGAUUGAGAGGGAGGCCGUGGGGAAAGAGAGGGAGCAGGUGGAGCGAGAGGCUGAUGAGGUCAAGAAGGCUCUGGCGGAGGUUCACAGGCAGAGGGGGUUGCUGGGGGAGGAGAGGGAAGCUGCUAGGGCAGAAGCAGCCGAGCAUCGGGCAGCGAUAAAAUCUCUCGUGGAGGAACGGGCAGCUGCGGAGAGAGGCGCGAAGGAGGCGAGGAACGCUUGGGAGAAAGCCAAGGGGGAGAUGGAUGCCCUGGAGGCUGAGAGGAAGGAGGUGCUGCAGGAGAGAGCGAGGCUGGAUGAAGAGAGGAAGGACUUCGUGAAGAAGAUUGCUUUGGAGAGGGAGAGCGUGGCAGUGGAUAGGAAACUGGCGUUGGAGAAGGUUGAGAGAGAUUCAGCUGGGGUGAAGAGGGAUAGGGAGUCUCUGGCGAAGGAGAGAGCGGCGCUGCUGAAGGAGCGGGAGAGGGUGGAGAAGGAGAAGGAGGGCGUGCAGAAGAAGCUGCUAGAGGUUCGGGUGGAGCGUGAGAAGGCUCGGGAGGAACGAACCAGCACACGGCAGGAGCUGGCGGAGAGCAGGGCGGAGAGAGUGAAGCUGGGGCAGCAGAAGGCUGAGCUGGAGCGGGAGAUUAAGGCGCUGCAGGCGGAGAAGGCGGAGGUGCAAGGCGAGAGGGUGAAGGCGGAUCGCGCGAGAGAGGAGCUCGAGAGGCUGAGGGAGGGUCUGGUUGCGGAGCGGGCGGAAGUGACUGCUGCGAUGGGGAGGCUGGAUAGGGAACGGCUGGAUGUGGCGGCUUUGGCGAGGCGAGAGAGGGAGGCGGUGGAGAAAGAGAAGGCUGCUGCUGAGGCGAAGAUUGAGAAAGAGAAUGUGAGGCUGGCGAGGGAGAGAGGUGCUUUGGGGAAAGAGAGGGAGGCAGUUGGGAGAGAGAAGGAGGAGGUGGUGGGAGCGAGGGAGGAGGUGAGGGCGGAGAGGGUUGCUUUGGCGGGGGAGAGACGGGAGCUGAAGAAGGAACAGGCGGAGGCCAAGGCUGCUGCUGCUGAGCUGAAGGCUGCCAGGGCUGCUGCGGAGAGGGAAGCGGAGGGGGCGAGAGUGGCUGCUGCAAGGGCGAGGGCGGAGCAGGAAGCAGCAGUGAAGGCUGGAGAGAGCGUGGCUGCAGAGAGGGAGAAGCUUGCUGUUGCUGCGAGUGAGCUGGAGAAGGAGAAAGAGCUUCUGGAGAAGAUGCGGUCCGCUGCUGCUGCUGAACGGGCGGAAUUGGCUGCUGAACGCGCAGGGAACGAGGGGUUGUUGAGGAAGAUUGAGCAGGAGAGGGAGGUGGCGAGGCAGGAGCGGGAGAAGGAGAGGAGGGAGAUAGGAGAGAGGAUCGCGGAGCUUGCAGGGCUGGAGAAGCAGCAGGCAGAGGCGAUCCAGGCGUCGAGGAACAUUCAGGAGCAGCGGGCGCAUCUGCGGGAGGAGAUGGAGGAGUUGGAGAGGGAGAGGGCGCGGCUGAGGGUGGAGGAGGCGAAGGUGAGGGAGGGUGGGAGGGAGCUGCUGAGUGAGCGGGAGAAGCAGAGGGCUGCGCUUGAGAAGGAGAGGGAAGAGGCUGCUGCGGCUCAGGCUGCUCGUGCUGCUGCGGAGGCUGACAGGCUGGCUGAGAGGAUUGCGGAGUUUGAAGCAAGGAUGGAAGAGGAGAAGGCGAAGCUGCGGCGGAUGCGGGAGGUGGUGGAAGAGAAACGGCUUGGGGUGGAGGAGGAGAGGGCGAGGAUCGAAGGCGAGAGGGAGGAGCUGAGAAGGCAGAGAGAGGAGAUGGUGGCAAAGAGGGUGGAGCUGAAGAAGGAGAUUGCGGAGAAAGAAGCAGAGGUGUUGCAGGUGGAGCAGCUGAGACGGCGGCAGGAGAGAGAGCUUAGAGAGCUGGAGAAGCAGCGGGUUAAGGUGAAGGAAGAGAGGGAGGAGGUGGAGCGGCAGAAUCUGGAGUUGGUGUCUCGCAGGGCGAAGGCGGAGGAGGAGGUGGCGACAACGCUGGCCGGGAUUGAGUCGGAGAGGGCUGCUGCAGAGAAGGAGCGGCAGGAGAAGGAGCGGGACCUUAUGGCCCGGUCCCGGAGGCUGGACGAGGAGCAGAGGCGGCGGCGGGAGGAGUGGGAGGCUCUGGUGGAAGAGGAGAGGAAGAAAAUGGAGCGGGAGAGGGAGGCGGUGGCGAGGGACAGGGCGGAUACUCAGAGGCACUGGGAUGACGUGCAGAAGAUGAUUCAGGAGCUGCACCAGCAGCGGCGGCAGCUGAAGGAAGAGAAGGAGGCGGGGAGGCGGACGGAGAGUGCAGAGAGGAGGCUGUCGGGGGGGUCGAGCUGGAUUGCUGGCGGGCAUGACUUGGCGGAGCAGCUAAGGUUUGCGAGGGAGAGGCUGAAUGAGGAGCGGGAGGAUUUCGAGAUGGAGAAGAAGGAGCUCGAGGCUCAGCGUCGGUCAGUGGAAAUGGAGCGAGAGGGCAUGGCACGGGAAGCCGAACGGCUCCGAUUCCCUGCUGGUGCUGGUCCUUCAGAUGGGGAUGAGAAGGAGAGGGAUGCAGGGAAGGAAGGCGAGGAGGGAGAGAAGGACAAUGCGGAGGGUGUUCCUGAUGCUGCCGCUGCUGAUGGGUAUGCGGAUGGGGAUGCUGCAGGGGACGAGGAUGAGGCAUUCAGGGAUGCGGCGGAUGGAAUGGAUGCUGAGGCAGCAGAUGGUGCUGCUGGUGUAGCUGUGGGUGUGGUGGAAGUCGAAGCUCAUCUGGCUGUAGCAGCUGUAGCAGGAGCUGCCACUCCAGUAACCGCCGCUACAGCCAAACCUGCCACACCGGUCAGAGCGCCCGCGGGAAGCCAGACCCCUUCGGGGCGUAUGAGGCGCAGAGGCGGGGCAGGGGAAGCGGACGGGGUUGCAGGGGAGGAGGUAGAUAAGCCGGUGAGGAGAUCUGCCAGGAAAGCAACUGGUGCAGGGUCGGAGUCCCAAGGGGUGAGCGCAGGAGGAGGAGGGAUGGGAUCCCCUACUAGCUCGCUGAUUUCUCCGCUCACUGACCGCGAGGGGCCUUGCGCCAAGGACAGUGCAGCAACGGGGGAGGCCAAGAUCGCAGGCAGCCGCGCGUUUGGAGAGCAGAGAUACGCUGAGGCUGUAGCCUGCUACAGCAAGGCCCUGCAGUACGCGCCGCUGGACUCAACUGACCUGCUGGCAGUGCUCUUCACCAAUCGCGCCACGUGUCUGCAUAGAAUGGGACAGCUAAGGGAGGCUGAGGAGGACUGCUCCCAUGCCAUCCACCUCUCUCCAUCUUACUGCAAGGCUUGGUUUCGCAGGGGAUGUGUUUGGGCUGCCCAAAAAAAGUUCAACAGUGCAGUCAGUGACUUGAAGAGAGCUCUCCUAUUGGAGGAGGCCGCUGGGAACCGACCUGGGGCAAAGAAAAUUGCUGACGAGCUGAAGAAAACUACAGAGGAGCAAAAGAAGGAAAGUCUAGCAGCAACAGGAGAGGAAGGGUCAGCACUUAACAAGGAAGCUCUAACAAGUCGAGAAACAGCAGCUUUCAGGCAAGCAGCAGCACCAGCAGCAACGCAGGCAGCAGCGUCAGCAGCAACGCAAGCAGCAGCGUCAGCAGCAGCACCAGCAGCUGCGCCAGCGGCAGUGACAGCAACACUAGGCACCGCUACAGCAGCCAGGGGCAGUCAAAGAGGAGUGGUAACCACAUGGGUUCAUCUUCAUCCGCAAAUGGAACCCUUCAGGCACACGAGAACAGCAGAACGGGACUCUGCUGCUCUUAAAGCUCCAGGCGCUGCCACUGGCGGGGGGGGAGAAUCCACCUGUGCUGCUGCAGGCAAUACCACCGCUACAGAUGUUGACAGGCCUCAACACACCACAGCGUCAACUGGUGCUACCAGUGCUGAGACCCUCACGCCUGCUGUUGACCAUAUCCGUGCAAGCGGCCCUCAUGCCUCGGAUGCAGGGUGGGGCGUGAGACUUUCCACAACAGACCGUGCUAGCAGUGUAGUUUUGAGGCGCCUCAAAACUGCCGCUACACAUGUUGACAUGCCUCAACACACCACAGCGUCAACCGAUGCUGCCAGUGCUGUUGACCAUAUCCAUAUGCCUCACGCCUCGGACGCAGGGUGGGGCCUGAGACUUUCCACAACAGACCGUGCUAGCAGUGCGGGCAGUAAGACACCCUCUGCUGCUGCUGCCCGAACAGAGCCAGCUGGCACCCAUGGCUUGCCAGCUGGCGGUGCUGACAGCGUGCCAGCUGGCACCGUGGUGCUGCUCGAAGAGCCAAUUGCCGCGGCCCUCUUGAAGCCCCACCGCUCCUCCUGCUGCCACUACUGCCUGCUGCCCCUCCCCGCCAACCCCUUCCCCUGCCCUGGCUGCUCCUUCGCCCUCUUCUGUCGCCCCCUCUGCGCUGCUAUGGCUCUAGGAGUAACAACUCGGCAAGUGCUGGUGGUGUUGGGUCAACUGCGGUUCAAUGCGGUGGCAGUGAGCCGAGUGCAUGGAGGGGAGAGUGGCAGCACUGCUGGUCAACUGGAGGGCAUUGAACAGGUGCCCAUCGCCCAGGCCCUCUACCUCUCUGCAUCGCUCUUCAACCACAGCUGCCAUCCCAACGUCUCCCUCUCCUUCCCGACCUCGCCUCUCCCUCCCACUCCUCUCCCUCUCUCGCCUCCCAUCCCUCCCAUCAGUCCCUCCUCUCCUCUCCUCUCUGCUCCCUCGCUUUCCUCCUCUCCCCCCUCUAGUCUUCCAAUUCCUUCACUCACACCCCCACUCCCUAGUCUCUCCUCCUCUUCUCUCCCUGUGACUUCUCUUUCGCAUGGCCGUCUGCUAGUGGCCCGAACGACCGAACCUGUCCUCCCAGGCCAAGAGCUCAGCAUCGGGUACGGAGCUCAGGUUGGGGAGAAGACAGCUUCGGAACGCCAAACCUGGCUUCGCCAGAGGUACUUCUUCCAGUGCUCCUGCCGAGCCUGCACCGAACCUUCCCGAGCGUUUCCGGACCUGUGUCUCCGAGGCUACCACUGCCAUGCAAAGGGAUGUGGGGAGAGAGGUGUGGUACCAGGGCUGGCUGGUGACAGUUGUUGGAAUUGGAAGUGUACGGCUUGUGGAUGUGGAUUGUUUGAGAAGGAGAGGAAGGAGGGAGGAGGUGGCAAGGGUGGGAGGAGGAGGAGGAAGCUGCUGCUGAGUGAAGGGAAGCCUGCAGAGGGUGCAGGGGUUGAGGAAGCUGAGAGGGGGAUGAAGCUGGUGACUGCAGUGGAUGCGAUCAAAGCGGAGUUACUGAGGCUACGAGACAGUGACAGCCCUGGUGGACCACCAUCAGCAUUGUCUCUCUCGCGUGCAUCUCGACUGUUGGAUUCAGUUCGGCACCACUUGCACCCUCUCAACCGCACCCUGGCAGAGGCAGAGGAUAUCAUAGCGCUCCUUUGUUGUCGCUCCGGUGAUUUCAAACAAGCCAUUCAGCACAGCAAAGCUGCGUUGACGGUGCGUACGAUAACUGGUAACCCGCUUCGUGAAGUAUGA